GAGCAUUGAGCUGACUAAGGAACCGCAGCAGGACCCAGCUAAGCGGCUGCAUUGCUAGGAAGGCUAUCCUAAUAACCCAAUUUUCUCUGGAUACAAAGUCUGUUUGGGAACAUUCUAAUCGAAUCACGGCUACAGUUCUAUCUCUCUGUGCAGGGCAGGGAGGCAUAGCUUGUGUCAGGUCCACUGUUCUCCCCAUAUUUAUGUUGGGGAUAUUUUGGAGAAUUUUUUUGUUUUUUUAAAGAUUGGAAUAAAGAGGGGGAAGAUGAGUUACUCCAGUUGGAUAAAAACAGUGUGCAGGACCUGAGAUCUGGGGGAUCUGAGCUGCUCCCAAUAUCGGGGUGAUCUGCAGAGGGGUGCCAGGUUUUAAAAGCAGUUUUUUGUUUUUUUAUUAUUAUUUUUGCGGUUUUCUUGUCUUUUCACCUAUUUUGUGGCUGUUUGCUGGUACUGUACCCAGCGCUGAUCUAGGCACCCAGGACACCGCAUAGAUGUGUGACAUGAUCGAAGCUCAGCCCGCUCAGAAGAUAAGCAAGAUGAAAAAGUUGCGGAGAACUUUGUCUGAGAGUUUUAGCAGAAUAGCCUUGAAAAAAGACGAGAACACUAUAGACGAGAUAUGUGUUACCAAGAUGUCUACUCGCAACUGCCAUGGAAUGGACUCGGUAAUCAAGCAUUUGGACACCAUUCCUGAAGACAAGAAGGUCAGGGUGCAGAGGACUCAGAGCAGCUUUGACCCAUUCGAAAAAUCUGCAAACCAGGUGAAGAGAGUGCAUUCUGAAAACAAUGCAUGCAUUAACUUUAAGAGCGCAUCCGUGGGCAAGGAGUCUCCUAAGGUCAGACGGCAUUCAAGCCCGAGCUCGCCAACAAGCCCUAAAUUUGGGAAGGCGGACUCAUAUGAAAAGCUGGAGAAAUUAGGCGAAGGAUCCUAUGCUACAGUUUACAAAGGCAAAAGCAAAGUGAAUGGAAAGUUGGUGGCAUUGAAAAUAAUACGUUUACAAGAAGAAGAAGGGACGCCAUUUACAGCCAUCAGGGAAGCUUCACUUCUGAAAGGACUAAAACAUGCAAAUAUUGUUCUACUCCACGACAUUAUUCACACCAAGGAAACGUUGACCCUUGUCUUCGAAUAUGUACACACAGAUCUAUGUCAGUACAUGGACAAACAUCCAGGGGGUCUUCACCCAGAGAAUGUGAAGUUGUUCUUGUUUCAGUUGCUGCGGGGAUUGUCCUAUAUCCACCAAGGACAUAUUUUGCACCGAGAUCUAAAGCCACAGAACCUUCUCAUCAGCGAUACAGGAGAACUAAAGCUGGCUGACUUUGGUCUCGCUCGAGCCAAAUCGAUUCCCAGCCACACAUACUCUAAUGAGGUAGUAACGCUCUGGUAUAGACCUCCAGAUGUCCUUUUGGGCUCGACAGAAUACUCCACCUGCCUGGACAUGUGGGGUGUGGGAUGCAUAUUUAUAGAAAUGAUUCAAGGUGUUGCUGCUUUCCCAGGAAUGAAAGAUAUACAAGACCAAUUGGAACGGAUAUUCUUGAUUCUGGGGACACCAAAUGAAGAAACAUGGCCUGGAGUACAUUCAUUGCAACAUUUUAAACUAGAACGAUUUACGCAAUAUGGACCUAAGAAUCUCAGACAAGCUUGGAAUAAAUUGAGCUACAUAAAUCACGCAGAAGAUCUAGCCUCUAAGCUACUCCAGUGUUUUCCAAAAAACAGACUGUCCGCACAAACAGCUCUGAACCAUGAUUACUUCAGUGAUCUUCCCCCGCGGCUAUGGGAAUUAAGCGAUAUGUCUUCCAUAUUCACCGUACCAAAUGUGAAGCUACAUCCAGAAGUAGGAGAAAGCUUAAGGGUAUUUGGGAAAAACAAUAGUUUCUGCAAAAGUCUACCAAACAGUAAGCACUGAUGAUGACCUGAAGUGGACAUUCUAGGACAAGACUUCAAUGAACAUAAAAGAAGAAGAAUCAAAUGGGAUGCUAGUUUUUGAAAUGGAAGCACUGGUUUUAUUGACAAGCCUUCUGCGUACUGCGAAGUUGCCGAAAAUUGAACUUGGCAAUACGUUAUUUCACCGAAUCAUUUUCUUUAGGCCUUGCACGCAAUAUGCUACCUUGUGAUUUAUAUGAAGAUUAAAAUGUAAUCUCUAUAUGGCAAACUUUUUACUUUUUUUUUUGCCCUCUGUUUUAUUUGGAAUCAUUCUGUUUUUUUGGAGUACACAACAGUCUUUUAUACAUAUAUGCUAAUAUGUGGAAUUUAUUACAGUUGAACUUUUUUGUCAAUCCAUACCGGGCCACACACACUGAAUAUAUCCUUUUGUGGAGAUAUUUUCUUUUCCUUUUUUUGAGGGGGGGACAUUUUUCAUUAAAUGCCUUUCAGUUCCAGAGAAGUGAGAUUGUUUUCUUGCUUAUCUUUGAGUCUUUCAAAGGCUUGUCUUUUUUUCACAUUACACAUAAUACAAACACACGCUCACACAUAGACCCCCCCCCC